CACACUUGCAUUGUAUGGACCUACAGAGCUGAAAUAUUCUUCUAAAAAUCUGAGUAAAUGAUGAGAGAAUUUUCAUUUUUGGGUAAACUAUCCCUUUAAGAAACACCCAUUACAGAACUAUGAUUUUUAAUAGAGUAAUUCAAUAAAUCUGCAAAAUAAUAAUAAUAAUAAUAACAGAGGUAAAAUGUUUACGAUAUGUCAUGUCAUCUACAUGUCAUCAGGUGUGGAAACAUUCUUUGAGAAACCAAGCCUGCUGCCAGCUUGUCAUCUUUUAACAUCCAUGUUUAUUUUAUAUUAUAUCUUCUGUCUCCCAGCCUGUUUACAUGUACAUAUUGUGCCAAAGCAUUCAUAGAUGAUGAAGAGACCAAAAGGUGUUUACUUAAAUGUGACACAUCACGCAUUCUUCAUCACAGUCUCUCACCGCCCUCUUUCCCGCGCGGCAGCCAUGGUAACGAGAGCGAAGGGUGCUUAGCAACACGAGAGGAGGAGACACUGCAUCAUCUGCUGAGAGCGGAGAAAAAUACUCACAGCCGCCGACCUUCAUUUCGUCAAGAGCUGCUUGUGAUGUCGACUUGAAAUAGUGAAAAUGGAAUGUUAGGUCGUAUAAACACUUAUCGAUAAAUACAUCUAAAUAAGCGCGAUGAAGUUUGUCAUGGUUUUAGUCGCCUCUGGCCUUUUGGCUUUUCUUGGCGCGAUCAUCUGCAUCAUCGCCAGCGUUUAUUCACGUUCAUCGGCCGCCACGCCGCAGGCGUUAUCAGACAACCGCUCGCUCUCGCUCCGGGAGCCGCUACCUGGAUCCGUGGCGCACGCCGGCCCGCUAGGAGCUCUCCAUGGUGCUGAAUCCUACGGAGGGGGCGGUUUGGACAUCGGCUUGGAGAUACCGUCGCUCAACGAGCUCAGUACCGGGGAUGUAACAGGCCCCAGCCCGAAACAGUUCACCCUCAACCGACUCAUUUGCACCCCAGUUCCCAUUGGGGAUUGCAGAUCUAGGGGUCUGAGACAAGCCGAUGACCCGUUCGCUGACGAGGAGGACUGGAACCUCCGCACUACCGCUGAGGAGCUCCGACAGAUCGUCAUGCAGCAGAACGAUCAGAUCCUCAUGGACCACAGGACCAUCACGGAGCUCACCGGGAAGCUCUCAGAGUGUGAGAACGGACUGGAGGAGAGGACUCUCAAUGAGCGGAGUAUGGGGGUCUGGGCGGGCAACCGACGCCACAUGGCCGGGGAUGAUGUGAGCAGCUCGGUUUCGGUGCAGUUGCAGACAGAAGAACUGGAGAGAGCCAUUCUUCAACUGAAAGACCGCAUAGAGAAGUUGGAGAUGGAGAUAGGCCCUGCUGCGUUUAACCACACUGGGCAUGCUGUGAGCACGUUGGGGAGCAUGGUGGUGGGUGAACCCACCAGGCCUGUGGAGGAUCUGGAGGGAGAACUUGAAAAGAAGAUUAGGCUGCUGGAGAAAGAGAGAAAGAACCUUCGUAAAGAGACCCAGAAUCGCCAUCAGCACAUCGACCAGGGAAUCAACACUCUGCAAGAGCGAAUUACAGAGCUCGAACAGAGUCUUACAGAUUACAAUUACCCACAAGGGUAUAAACUUUCCUUCCCUGUGCGAACUAACUACAUGUAUGGGCUAGUCCGGCAGAAUAUUCCCGAGAUAUACGCCUUCACGGCAUGUUUGUGGCUUAAGCCAACCGAGAAUGGAAUUGGAACACCAUUUUCCUAUGCAGUGCCAGAACAACCAAAUGAACUUGUCCUGCUUCAGGGUAUUCAUAACCCUGCAGAACUACUCAUCAAUGAUAAGGUGGCACAGUUGCCCCUAUCUUUGCUCCAGGGCAUCUGGCAGCACGUAUGUGUGAGCUGGACACUACGGGAUGGGGUUUGGAAAGCAUAUCAGGGUGGCAAGUUGAGAGGACGGGGCGAAGGGCUGUCAGCAUGGCACCCAAUCAAAUCCGGAGGCGUGCUGGUGCUGGGACAGGAACAGGACACCCUCGGUGGGCGGUUUGACGCAUCCCAGGCUCUGGUUGGAGAGCUGUCAUUAUUUAACCUGUGGGAUCGUGUUCUGUCACCUACAGAGGUGGCAGCUCUUGCAACUUGUGCAGAAUCUCCAAAACUGGGAAACGUGGUGCCUUGGACAGACCGAGAUGUAGACGUGUUUGGUGGGGCCGUCAAGGACCCCAUGGACCCCUGCGUUCACAGCUCCCAUCCCCGGCAGUGAGCGGGGUCAUGGGUCGAUACCAUUCUUUUUUGGGGUGGAGUAUAAAAUGAGACAAAAAAAAAAAAAGGCUUGAAAAUUGGAGACAAAGAGAUAACAAAUGUAUCAUGGUUCCAGAGUUUGUAUAGAAUGUAUUUACCAUUGAACUGUUUCUGCAGGAAUCUAUGGAGCUGCUGCCGAAAGCUUUAUGGCCUGUUUUCUUCUCGUGUUGCUUGUGUUCUUUCACGCCCCUCUUCCCAACACAUUAUUGCACUGUGGUCCCUUCAGAUAUAGAGAAUGUUCUUUAAUAAGAUGGAUGUGGUUUAUUCUCACAGCAAUCAUCUAUGUGCUUUAUUCGUGUAAAUGGAGCUUUUGUUUCUAUCCCAGAGCAGUCUUUUCUUUUCUUGUUUGCAUUAACUGUCCCUUGACUCAUUUUUACUGUAAAACACUGUUACGAAGUCCAACAGCACCUUUAACAAGACAACAUAUUAAAGUCAACAUGAAAUAAAAAUUAUCCCAAAAUAAUUUACUUCAAUACACAUUCCUGGUCUUAUUGUGAAGGAUUUAUCAAUGCAUGAUUUUCCUUGGCAAUCAUUCAUAAAAAUAUAAUAACUUGCAACGCCUCUGAAACUACUUUUCUUCUCAGCCGACACAUACAGACCACUUUUCACAAUCCAAUUAAGUACUGAUGGAUAAAAUAUAAAAAUAUGUUAUAUAAUAUAUAUAAUAAAUAUAUAUAUAUUAAAAAACAUUCUCGUAAAAAAUCCUGCAUCAAAUCACGGAUGUAAAAUGGGUUGCGGAUGCUGUUUCAUGUUGACUUAAAGAUUAUCAUUACAUUUCUUUACUGUCUCCAAUUUUCAAAUUGUUAGAGUACGGUCCUUACCAGUGUUUGGUGUAAUCUGAUUACAAAGUAAUUAUUUACUGUAAUCUAAUUACUUUUUAAGUUAAAAAAAUUUGUAUAAUUCAUUACAUUUCCAAUUCUAGUAACCAGAUUACAGUUACUGACUUUCAAUUAAGGGAAUUACUUUUCAGUACAAAAAUAUUAUUUAUGUACAGUAUAAUAAGAUGUUCGAAAAUGAACAAGGAGGAAAUAUAGACAUUAUUUUGAAUUCAUUGAGCGGAAAAACUAAAAGUUCCUGUGAAAAGGGUUAAAAGUAAAGUAAUUAGUAAUGUGAUUACUUUUUCAAUUAAGUAAUAAAGUAUUCUGCCAUUUGUAAAUGGAUUGCUUUUUUAAGGUAACUUACCCUGUACUGGUCUUUACACAGUGUAUCAUCACCGACUUUACUUUAAAAGACAAAUUCAGACAGAAUCCAAAGUUUUAUUAAAUAAUAAACUUUUUUUAAUGUAAGCGUUAACACAGAGUAUCUUAAACCUAACCUACACAAAAAUUUGAAGAUGAUCACCAUCAUCAAAUAAGUAUGGCGUGCAGCCUGCACACUUUGAAAAUAUGAAUGCAAAACAAACAGUGUUUAAAUACAGAAUCUUUCAGCAUCUUGUCACGUUACCAUUGCAUUGCACCUAGUACUCCUUCUGCGUGCCCAUCAGAGAAAGCUUAGGGAAGUGCCUAUCUAUUUAUUUGACUCUUGCUAUUGGUUGAUGAUCAGCUGUGAUGUCAGUGUAGUGCUUCUUUAUAUUUGCACCACCAAGGAUGAACAAUAAACAGUGAAC